AUGAACGUGCUGCUGUCACCACAGCCACCGUCUUUCUUCUCACACCAACACGAUCUAAACCGACGUUCUCCCACACGUUCAAUGUCUUCUCCAUUCUACAACACUCUUGGUUCGAGCCGAAAGCGAAAGGCUGAAGAUGAUGGCGAUGAAAUGUCUGUUUCGCCUACAAGCUCUCCUGCAAUUCAAUCCAGACAACUUGCCCCAAGAGCAACUAAAAAGAUUCGAUCGAGCGAACUAGCUGGGAGGCCUCUAUCCCUCCCUCGACUCCUCGAGACUCUCGAUGCCACACAACUGCGAACCGUCUUACAGACCAUUUGCGAGCGACAACCCGAGAUUGGCGAGGAGGUUGUUAAGAGUGCCCCAAGACCCACGGUUGAGUGCGCGCUACAAGUUUUGAAGGAGUAUCAGGACAAGCUACGAAAUGCAUUCCCCUACGGCGAUUCGAGUUCCGACUAUACCUACUUCCGAGUCAAGCAACCGCUUGUAGCGCUCAUCGAAGCCCUUGCCGAUUUUACUCCCCAGUAUCUCCCUCCCCACGAGACUAGCGCCAAUGUCUCCUUGCAGUAUCUCGAUGGUGCUACCAAGGUAGUUCACGAAUUACCCGAAUGGGAAAACCAUCGGCAUCACAAGGAGAACGCGUACGAUGAGAUAUCGAAGGCAUGGGCUCUGGUCAUCAAUGAAGCAUCUAAGAGAGGAGCCGGGUUUACCUUGCAUUCAGCUGGAUGGGAUCAAGUUCUUGCUAAGCAUAAUCAACAAUCAGGUGGCAGACUAGGAGCCGCCAUUGCGUCCAUGAGCGCAAAUCUCGGAUGGGUUGGUGGACCAGGUGGUGGAAUCCCGAAUACGUCCGGCGGCCAAGGCUCGAUUUUGGAAGAUAUAAUGUCAGGCAACUACGGUUCGCCUGUCUCAGUUGGUCCCUGGUAG